AUGCGCGACGACAUUGAGCGCGCCGAGUCGCUGUCGUCUGCCGCCUCGGGCCCCGACACGGAGCUGGAAAAGAAGGACCACGACCACUACCCGCCCCAGGACCUGUCCGAGACCGACAUCGAAGCCGUGCCGCCUGCACCCCACGCCCCGCUGGAGAAGACGACGUCGAGGAAGUCGAAGCAUUCGAUAAACAAUGUUUCGUCGGUGCCCAACGGCGGCCUGCUCGCCUGGCUGCAGGUUCUGGGUGCCUUCUUCCUGUUCUUCAACUCUUGGGGAAUCGUGAACUCGUUCGGCAGCUAUCAGACCUACUACGAAAGCGACCUCUUGACGAGCUCAACCCCUUCGUCCAUUUCAUGGAUUGGCUCUGUCCAGGCCUAUCUCCUCAUGCUCGUCGGCGCCCUGACCGGCCCCAUCUACGAUGCCGGCUACUUCCGCCACCUUCUCGUCUUCGGCUCCUUCCUCGUCGUCUUCGGCCAGAUGAUGCUCAGCCUCUGCACCGAGUACUGGCAGGUCCUGCUGGCCCAGGCCUUUUGCGUCGGCAUCGGCACCGGCUGCCUCUUCGUCCCCAGCGUGGCCAUUCUCAGCACCUACUUCACCACCCGCCUCGCCACCGCAACCGGCAUCGCCGCCGCCGGCAGCAGCAUCGGCGGCGUCAUCUACCCCAUCAUGCUGCAUCGCCUGAUCGGCCCCAUCGGCUUCCCCUGGACCGCCCGCAUCAUCGGCUUCAUCGCCCUCGCCACCCUGCUCGUGCCCAACCUCUGCAUGAAGGUGCGCGUGCUGCCGGCCUCACGCCGCAAGAUGCUCGACCUGCCCGCCUUCAAGGAGCCGCCCUACGUGCUCUUCAUCUUCGGCGCCAUGGUCGUCUUCAUGGGCCUGUACACGCCCUUCUUCUACAUCCAGCUCUACGCCCUCGACCGCACCAUCACGUCGUCGAACCUGGCCUUCUACAUGCUGUCCAUCAUGAACGCCUCGUCGACCUUCGGCCGCAUCUUCCCCAACAUGCUGGCCGACCGCAUCGGCCGCUUCAACACCAUCGCGCCCUGCGCCCUCCUCUCCGGCGUGCUGAUCCUGUGCCUCAUCGCCGUGCACGACCUCGCCGGCCUCGUCGUCUUCUGCGUGCUGUACGGCUUCUUCUCCGGCACCUUUGUCAGCCUGCCGCCGCCCAUCCUCGUCGCCCUCAGCCCCGACCGCAGCAAGAUCGGCACCCGCAUGGGCCAGGCCUUUUCGUGCAUCGCCAUGGGCAUCCUGGUCGGCACGCCCAUCGGCGGCGCCAUCCAGAGCAAGCACGGUUUCACCGCCCUGUGGCUCUUUGGCGGCAUCGUGACCAUCGGGGGCAGCUUGAGCGUCGUGGCGGCUAGGGUGUGCAAGUUUGGGUUUUCGUUGACGCAAAAGGCGUAG